UGUCCACACCAUAUGCGUCCGAAUAAGACAUACUACAAGCACCAUUACAUCGGCUGGAGAGACAGAAAGAAUCCAGAUUUGUGGUACUAUUCUUGGAACGGGACAUCGUACUUCGAGAUAAACGACGACCUUACGGCCAACAUUAACAUUGCAUCGUGGAGUGCUCGGGGUGGCUGGAAGGACAACGCGUAUAUUUUCGCGCUUCCGAAGUUCUGCACGGCGUUCCGCACUGUGACCCCAACUCUCUGGCGGAAGACCAUGGUGGCUUUGUUUGACGACCCCAAUGCCUUCUGCCCCUUCCCUCCGGGCUCAUACUCAUUCAGCAACAUGUCAACCAACUUCGACAUCAAAGCCGUGCCUUCCUUCUUCUACGGCAAAUGGCGAGCCACGGCUAAACUUUCGCGUACUUCGUCCAAGGAGCUGCUGGCGUGUGCUCGAGCUUAUGGUUCCACAGUGCCUAGACUGAACCAGCUAAAUAGUUCGGUGCCCGUCGGCCCGCAUCGCAUCGAAUCCCCAGAUUGA